ACGUGAACGGGGUCUGGUCAGCGCCGCGACGCUCGACGCCUCGUGCACGCUCAGUGUUAGGCUGUCGGUCGCGUGGCGAAGCUGAGCGUCGGUCUGCUCGAGUCUCCGUUCGAGGACACGUGUUUGAUCGCGUACGCGCGCGCUUCGAUCGGUGUCCGGGCUCGAUCCAAGGGGUUCGAAGGAGGAACCGCGUUGUCCAGGGUCGAAGAUAGUCGGCCGUGAAUAUUUCAACGGGACGUUCUAUCGAUCUAACGCGCAAACGGAACACGUGGCUCGCGCGAUUCGAUCUCGUUUCGCCUCGAUUCUCUCCUUUUUCUCGCAUCCGGCAGCCACGCAGCGCUCGAGUCAUCAGCAGGUAGCAUCCGUGCUCGUUGUGACGUUACUUGUUGUUGUUGCAAAGUGUUCGUGGACAAACAAAGGAGACCGUGCUUUCUGUGUGUGCGUGUGUGCAUUGUUUCUUGUCCGUAUCCGUGGAUUCUUAUGCGUGUGGGGUUAUAUUGUGCCGGGACAUUGUUUCACGGUGUCUACCUUGACUCCGCUCUUGUUUUCGAACACCUCCGUUUACGGACUGACGGAUCCGAGCACUUCUUUCUCCCUCGUCGAAUCCUCUCGAUUUAUCGUUGUGUUUCACCGAGUAUCCUCGAUUCGUCGAUUAACCACCUAGGAUUUCGAGACUGUGGAUAUUUUUACGCUUCGCUCUAUUUUUUUGUAGUUUUAGAGUCCCAGCUGACUAAUACGAACAUUGUUAUGCAGUGCUGUCCGGUGAACAACGUUUCCGUUCGGUCCGGGAGGAUGUCUCGCGUAGGCAGAUUCUAUCGUUUCAUGUUCAGAGGCGACUAUCAAAGUCUCGACGGAUGAUUUCUUGUUUACGGAGGUGGACAAUAAAGUGGACAGCACUGCUUUGUUGUAUAACUACGAUACGCCUGCACAGCAAGUAGCACGACAACGAAGUCACUUCGGUCACGUAGCCAGAACUGAACAAAACCAAGGCUCUUCCCGCUCUUAUAGAUCCGUGCAACUCUUUAGGGCAAUCAUUUUAUACGACUUCGUAACGAGACGAAGCGAUUAACCUCUUCGCAGAUAAUUCGAUGAUCAAGUUGCCGUAAUUAUUGCACAUUUUCAAUUAUUAGUCAUGCGAGUCCUAAAAGAAUUUAUAACGUAGAAAGACAACAGGUUUCUUAAACUCGAAUCAGAUUUAAUAAUUUCACGAAACAAGUUCGUAGGGCAACUUGAUGAGCAGGCCCGUCCUACGCCAUAACCGUUCAUUGUGCUUGAUGUUAGCUUUCCAUGUGUCGAUUUGUGCAUGAUACCCGGUACUUUUCGCCGGCGAACGAACGAGAGCGAAAGGGUCAUCCGUUUCGAAACGUCGCGGUUUUCUUUUCUAUUUUUUGAAAGCGAAGCGUCCGGUCGAUAGUUUAGCAGGAAGACACGGUUCGGUUUGCAGGGGUCAAAUGUGACCGACAGGCCAAGUGUCGUAACGCGGGACGUCGAGUGACUGCCUGUCCGAAUUUUGCCGGGCGAAAUUGCAGAAAAAAGUACGCUAUUCCUGAACGGUGUUCAUUAAUUCUUGUUUACGUCGAAUAUCGGUUAGACGCGUCGUGAACUAGUUCACGAUUCUUGCUUUUCGCGUUGAUGCUUGGCUGCGAUACAGCUAGUCGCCGGUGUCAAAAACGUUUGUCUAGAAAUAUCCGUGAGAAUAAUGCGUGUUUUCGAACUACCCGUGUUCGCGGACUGACGGAAAAUCACAAAGGAACAUCUUUGUUUUCGUGGAAAAUUAUUUAGUAACAAAGUGUUGGGUUGUCGUUGACGAAAUGACCGAUUUGUCAGCCUUCUACGUUGAUCAAGGCACGACGUGGAUCGCUACUCGAGAGUAUUUCCGCUCUUCGUUUAGCAGCAAAGUAUCUUCGUUGAAAUGUGCAGAUUAAUUUGUUGUUGUAAUUACUAACUGGCUACCCUAUAUCGAGUACCAAGAACUGUACGUAGUUGCAUCACCUGGCAUUACAUUCGCCAAACACACGAAUCAAGUACGAAGCAUACAAAAUAUACAAAACACAUUAUAUAUUCAUCAACCUCGGAUAUUCAUCAGUUACACAGCCCAAGCGUUAUUUUACCGUUUCCGUUACGAAAUCGUGUCGGAAUUUCUGCAUAUCAAAACAGUCCAUUCGAUACGCGGCAACCUGAUAAACGAGUAAAUAGCACGUGACGGCUCAUUUGUCGAGUAUGGCAGAAGACGCAGCAGGUGCGUCGGCAGAUCUUCGAGAUAGAUUCGGACGCGAUCGACCAGUUGGCGUUUUACCUGCUGCGCCACAAACGUUAUCGUGACAAGACAGUCCUUGCGGCUACGGCAGAUCAAUCGAGAGACUCCCUGGUUAAAGUCAGUGUCGUCGUGUCUCGCAAACAGUCCUCGCGGCGAGAAGGUCAAGUCUCGUGACUCUAUUCUUGCUUCGCUCGCGUGAAUAGUCGUGAUUUUCGCGAUAGAGAACUACGUCGAACACGAGCGUGUAUCGGAAGGUAAACGAAGAUUCGCGAUGCUCGCGUGACACGCGACUGUCAUUUCCAAGGUACAAUUAUAAUUCCGAACCUUGAAACCUGCGGCGGGGUAAAUCGAGCGCGAUCGGAUCAUCCUCGUGCUACCGUUCAAUUCUGAAUCGUGUUUUCGAUGUCGUUUCGAUGUCGUUUCGAUCGAUCGAUGUCGAUUAGCUUCGCGAGCUGACAGUAAUUUGUCAGCGAAUCGAAGGAAAAGUAAAGCGGUCAUAGAAAAGUUGAUCGAUUAACUUGGAACGGAUAAAGGAUCAGUGCAAGUACAUCGCAAGUUGAGCGACGGGAUUCGAAAUUUUGAUAAGUAUACACUGUGGGAAAUUAGAAAAGCAUUUAUGCGUCGAACGGGUUUAAAAUUUGAUACGAUCCGUCUGUAACUCCUUACGUUUCGGGACUCUAGGGGCUUUCCGAAGAAAUUGGAAAUUCGAAACAUCGGCGUAAGUAGAGUUUUCGGAGUAGGCCCUGUAGCUUCAUCGACGCUCUGAACUAUCCAGACACGACCAACUGGUUUUAAAGCACUUUCAAAAUUUCGAAGUAUACGACGAUCUCGACGCUGGCAAAGGCGUUCGCAAGAUGUUAGCCCGAAAGCGCUCGUUAAAUGAUCGUUCGAGAGUUAGCUCUCGAAGAGGCCAGCAAACCGUAGACUCGAGACGGUUUCGACACUUGGCGCGCUGGCAAACGAAUCGUUCCGGGUCUUCCGAGAGCAGCCAGGUCCUUGCCGCGCACAGAACGAACCCCUAACAAACGAAUAACUCGCUCGAGCGCGCCAGGAUACAUCGUUCCCUCCUAAACACGCGUCUCUCCCCAACAACCCUGUUCUCUCCCUCGCGGACCAAGUGACGACAGAGUUCUGAUCGCAAGUGCGGCCAUCGAUUCCACAGACGAAGCUCGAUUCCGGCACGCGAUCGAGAAACGUAGCUGACCGCGGAGAUUCGAAACGAACCGGAAACGAACCGGAAACGAACCGGAAACGAAACGGAAAAUUAAGAUAAGGGAAAGAAAGAAAAAAUAGCAGGUAGCUAGGGACGCUUUCGUGGUCGUCGAGCACCGUCGCAACCACCACCACCGGCGCUCUGUGCAAGCCAGACAGAAUCUUUGUAGAUUUGUCGAACUAAAAGAAAUAACGCGGGGGUUGAACAACCCUUUUAAACGACAACACACGACACGCGUCGAACACGUCGACGGUCCAGCUAGGCACACUCACGGUCAGUCAUGAAUCUUAUGUUCCGCAAGAACUUCGGCGGCGAGAAGGGACUCGGUGGUGGUGGCGGAGGAGGAGGAGGAGGUGGCGGAUUGGAGGGUCGCACGACCCUCGGGAACACGUACGGGCCGGCUACAUUGGGGUACACGGGUACGCGGUUCGGCGUGGUGCGCGGCGCCGGCCAGUCGGCCGUCGGGACGCGCGCACCCAUCCGACGCAGCAAAGAGUUCGGCUACUUCCCCUCGAUGGCGGAUCACGAGCACCAGGGCUACGGCUACCGGACUCACUUGUUCCUCACGCCACCGACAGGCGGCGCCCUUGGCUCACCGCCGGAUGAACCCACCGAGAGAUUGGGCCCGCCGCCCAGGAAGAACUCCGGGCCUCACGUGAUCAAGUGGGGCGCGCAGCAAAGGCGGAAGCAGAUCUUGCAGAAGGAGACUUCCGAAUCGCCGACGCCGACCGCCUCCAGACAGGUAUCCUUCAGUGGUAACCGGACAUCCGGCGCAUACACGCCCCUCGUGGUUUCCGGGAACAGUCCACCGCGAAGCGAACCGAUCUCCCUGGCCACUUUGGACCGCGACUGUUUCAUCAUUCCCCUUGCUUCUCUCGAACGUUUUCUACCCGCUGGAGUACCGCUUUGUUUCGACUCGUUGCAGCACGCUCCGAUCGCAGACAAAAAGAGGCCAGGAAGUCCUCUUUCGGUUCUCGAGGUGGAAGAUCCGAAACAAUGUGUACUGGCACAUUUCAUGACACCUCUGGAGCCACUGGAUCCUCUGAUCGAAUCUCCGGUUUCUCGUCCGCUGGUUUUGCAACGAGAUACCGCGGCCGAAUUGGUGGCCGAGAUAGCACCUUCUGCUUCACAGAGCAUUCUACUCACGAACAUGGAGAAAAACGCGGAUUUUCCGUUCAUCACUUACUAUCUAAUAAACAAGCAGAACACGGAUCCCGUGGACUUUUACAACGAGGUGCAAUGCGCUGCCCUGAGGAAGUUCGAUCCUCGCGAUCUUCGAUACGCGGCUAGUCAUACGUUGGAUCUGUUCAAUGAGGUAGCGACAAUAGCGAGGCCACCGCUGGAACCACCCGGUGUAAGACCACCGAUUCCGUCCACCGGCUACAUCGUCUCGAUUUUCAAGGUCUUCGAGGGCGACGAUGGCCUCAAGUUCGAGCAGAACUGGCUCUACUGGACCGGUGCCCGCAUGAUAUACAGAUACCUGCCGAAAUCGGUGGGUUUGAGACGCAUCACCCUGCACAAGUCCAUGUCGCAGGGUGACAAGAUGUACCUACUCAUCUGCGAGUGUUCGCAGCUGCAAGACAAUCUCUCAGCGGCGGCCAUAUUGUUGCCAGCGCUACGAGCCCGAUUAUGCGGAUACACGGGUCUCUAUAGACCCUCGGUAUGUUUCUGAUUCCUCAAGAAACGCUGACAACGCGUUACCGAUGCCGGACUACAAUCAAGCAGGGCUACUCUGUGAAAGCGAGUCGUCGCGACUUGGAAUGGCUGUUGACUCUUCGGUGCCAUUACUCUGAUAAGGGUGUAAUCUUGAGUACACCGAGAGAAGAGGAAGAGAUAAUCUUGGUGGAAGGAAAGAAUCUUGUUAGGGCUCGUAUCGCUCAGUAAAAGUAGCUCGCAAUACUGGUAGUUUUGAACGACAUGCUUUAUCAACAAUUUCUCCGGUUUUAUAAAGUCACUUGUAUUUUUGCAUACGAGUUCUACGAGCCGUGUAACGCGUCGCUUACGAUCUUAUCGGGCUCUUACUGCCGAACUUUCAUACGAAUGUAGCAAUUUUGCGAAACGAGCCCGUCACAUUGGCGUAACUAGGUAUAGGGACUUGGCGCCCUUCACAAUUCUUUAUCUUCGUUUCUGCGAGGAUAUAGCUCGCAGAUAUAGAACACACUGCGAUCUAACAUUCGGUGAUAUGCUUGUAGAACGCAUAAAAUUAUAAAACGUGGAAAUUUUGUAGCUGAUGAACGCGUGGCAAUAAAAAAUUGAUGCGUCUUGAAUAAAAAUCCUAGUUACGCCAGUGACUAUGUGGUCUGCUGUUCAGUAUGUUAUCAGAAAAUCGAAUGCGUAUCGUACGUCGUAAUCUCUAAACGAAGUCGUAAUGGAAACACCUUCGUAUACGCUUUAGGGAUAUCUUGAUGAAAAAUCUGUACGCUUCGGGUUGCACGCCCGUCUAGUUACGUCUCUCUGGCCUGUUUGUAUUUUUCGACUUUACAUACAUAUUUCAUCCAGCCUUAAGGCAAAAGCGUAACUGGCCGCUCGAUACAAUCGGGACGACCCUUGCAUGUACAUACCAUUAGGGACACGCGAGACACUUUUAUUACUAUCGACGACUAUCGAUUAAAUCGCUAACUACAUAUCAUAUACUCGAUAAACUGUGAUAUUCGAACGAUUACCGCAUAUAUCACACAACGAACGCGAAUAUUCGCGACGAAAUACUUCGAGAUCGGUUUGGCGAACGAUCCUCGACGCGAUGUCGAGGAUGCUCCGUAAACGUAAUCCUUCGGAUCUUUUAUUAAUUGCAUUCACACGUUUGAUAUUACAUAUCUCUGCCUGAAUUUAUCGAUAUUUGCGGGAUUUGAUCGCGAUGCAGAAGGAUGAUGGAUAAAGUGUCAUUUUGAAACUGCAACGAUAUAAAAAUUCUCAUUGAAGUUUGAAAUUCAUACUUUAUUCUACGGCGAAGUUUAAAUGGUAGAUCUCCCAAUUUUUUCUGGGGGGAAUUGGCUUCUCGUUGUAUGGCCUUUGACGAGGAAACAUCGUUGCUGUUCUUGAAAUUCCAGAUGAGCGGGAUGUUGCUCAACAGGCCAUAUAGCGAGAGUGCACCGUAGAUAAAUGGUCGAGAAGAUACGGGGAAAGCUUAAUCAGAUUUUUCUUAGGUGCCCGUAGAAAUUUUAGAGAGAGGACGAGUAGAGUGAAUUGGCAUUGUAGUACAAAAAAUAAAAAAAAGGAAGCAAACAGAAAUAAAAUCCGUAUAGUCAAUAUACGCUUGUUGCAUACAGACAAUAGUUAGAACGAUUGCGCAGGCGCGAUCGGUAACGUAGAUUUAUAAGAUAUCGACGGCGUAUACUUGUAAAAAUACGUCCCUUCAUACUCGCUGAAACAAAAUCGUGGAACAAGAUGCUCUUAACUAUAAGACGACAAGAAACAAAUAAAAAAGAACUUGCGAUUUUACUGUGAUUCCACGUGUAUCGCAACAAAAACGAUACACGUCGUUACAUACGUGCGCGAUUGAACGCGGUGACUGCGUGAAUUCGAUACGUGAGGUGUGAUUGAUUUAUU